AUGAUCCUCAAUAAGCUCACACAGAUUUGCCAAGACAGCAGGCUACUCACCUCGUCCACUAAGAACCUACCCAUCCGGCACCUCCUGGCUUUCUUACUCAUAACCCUUGUAACUGUGAAGUAUCUUCUUACCCGACAUCCACGCAGAGUGUACCUUGUUGAGUACGCUUGCUUUGGUCCUAACUCAAACUACCGAAUUGCCCCAGCCUCCUUGAUUGAGAAUGUUCGCCUAGCAUAUUUCCUUGACGAUGAUAACAUUUCCUUCCUAAGCAACAUUUGUAGACGCUCUGGCCUUGGUGACGAGACAUGCCUCCCCUCUUCACACCAUUACAUCCCUUCCAUUCCUAGCUUUACCUUAGCUCGUAUGGAGGCAGAGCAGGUCAUCUUCACGGUCAUCGAUGACCUAUUUGCCAAGGCAUCAACCGAACCCAGUAAAAUUGACAUACUGAUUGCCAACUGCAGCCUCAUGACAAUGGUACCAUCCAUCACUGACAUGAUCAUAAACAGAUACAAGCUGCGUAGCGAUAUACAGAAUAUGCAGCUAUCUGGGAUGGGGUGCAGUGCAGGACUGAUCGCCGUUGGGCUCGCAAGGAACCUCCUGCGAACCAUGCCCUACGGUGCACAUGCGCUGGUGGUAUCUACGGAGAUUUUGACUUGCAACUGCUAUGCAGGGAAGAAGAGAUCGAUGCAGCUGACCAACAUGCUGUUUCGCAUGGGAGGCGCCGCCGUUUUACUCUCAAAUUCAAGGGCCAACGGUGCUCGGUUUCAGCUUCUGCACACUGUGCGGACAUCCACUGGUGCCCAGGAUAGCGCAUACCGCUGUGCUUUUCAAGAAGAAGACCACGAGGGGAACCUAGGUGUUAAUUUGUCCAAGGAUCUUGUGGCCAUGGCUGGUGAGGCACUCAAGGCCAACAUCACCACAAUUGCCCCUCUUCUGCUUCCGGUCUCUGAGCAGUUAUCAUUUUUGCUCUCCUCCAUCGCACAAAAGGUUUUCAUCAUGAACAAAAGUCGUACAGGGCAUCAUCAGUAUGUUCCAAAUUUCGGCUUGGCCGCCGAGCAUUUCUGCAUACAUGCUGGUGGGCGAGCAGUGAUCGACGCAGUGCAGCGUAGUCUGAAUCUAUCAGAUGAGCAGGCUGAGCCGUCGAGGAUGACACUGCAUCGAUUUGGAAACACAUCUAGCAGCUCCGUAUGGUAUGAAAUGGCAUAUUGUGAGGCCAAGCAGUCGAUGCGGAAGGGGGAUCGAGUUUGGAUGAUUGGAUUUGGGGCUGGGUAUAAUUGCAACAGCACCGUGUGGAAGUGUAUUCGACCAGCUCGUAGCGCCGACUCAGCAUGGGCAAACUGUAUUCAUCGUUACCCAAUGGAAGUGAAGUCCCAAAACAAAUCCAACCAACUGCCAUGA